AUGUCAUCCCGGUUUGAAAGGACCACACAUAAUCAGCCCUCACCCAGAUGGAAAGUACACUUCGGAUCUGUGCUCUCUCCUCUGCCUUCCGAGCACUCCGCCGGUUCUUUGCAUCGGCAGCUGCAAGGGUCGCAUCUACCACGUGCUCGUCCUCCCAUGCCAAUACGAUUACGGCGAGAAAAAAGUCUUGAGUGAAGACGUUCCUUCCUACAUGCACAAUCCGGAAAAGACUCUGUGCCUCUUAGAAACUGUCGAAUUGGAGCUGGGUUUAGGCACGACUCACCUGGACGUCGAGUACAACUGUCCAAUUUACCUUCACCGCGAUUACUCGAAACUUGGCAACUACUUUGCAACGCACGAAACUGGCGUGCAUUCGAUUUCCAUACCCUGCAUAGACAUCUUGCACAAGUUCCUCAAUGUGGAUAACGAUGAUGAUGUUCUUCAUGAUUUGGUGGAAGAAACCAGCAGCGCUGAGUAUCUGCUUUGCACGAAGACUUCAACUUCGGAGAAGAAAAAUCCGGUGCUCGGGUUUUCCAUUUACCACGAUCCGCACAGUUUCUUGGCUCUUCUCGCUAACGGACAGUUGGUUUCCGUUGCGAUCCUCACCAUGAUCCUGCCGCAGCAGGAUUCCGACGAGGAAGACAUGGAGAACAUGAAUUCACCAUUGAAAAAUAUGUUGCUCAAUCCUUUUGAUGCGCAAAUCCAGAGGAUUCUGAAGCAGUCCAGCACGCAGCCCAUUCUGAAAGUGUCCACUGGAAGUAAGCAGACUCAGCAAGAAUGUUACGAGUUGUUGCAGAGGGCGUCUCAGGUCUUCAGGGAUGAACAUUUCAAGCACCACGACAAGGCACGCGAAGAGAUCGAAAAGCGCGUGAAGGCUUUGCGUAUGCUGAAGGACUUCCAGACGUCCGAAAUCGAUAGGAUGAUGGGCGAGAAGCAGUCGCUGCAGGGAAAGGCCGAGCAUUUAGCGGAGAAAUACGAGGAUCUGAAGGAGAAACAGGAAGAGAUGAUUCAAAGAUGCCAGAAGAUGCUUCUCAUGAUCUCGAAGAGGCAGGUGGAGCCGUCCAACGCCGAGAAGAAAUACAUGGGGGAUUUGAAGGAGUACGAGAAGCGCAUCGAGAAAUACAGAGGAGCCAUCGAGAAGUUGAGGAACAAAUGCAAAUACCAGGAGGACAGGAUGCACAAUUGGGAGAUGGACAACAAGAAGGAGUACGGAAUUGGAUCGUCGCAGACGAACAUGAUCAAAAGCAACCUCCAGGAUAUGACAAAUAAAAUUGCGGAGAUGGUCAAGGAGAUCAACGAGAGAAAACGCGAAUUGAGCAUCGUUUAAUUAUAUAUGUAUUAUCAUUUUUAUGUAAUCUUAAUUUGUUAUUACUUUUUUUUUGUAUUCCUCGUAUUUUAAGUUAUAUAGUUUUCUUCCCAUGAAUGUGAUGUGAAAUCUGUUAACAAUGUUUGAAGAAUGAAUCGAUUUUUUUAAAUAAAAAUG